CGUCUGCCCAGACGACGUAGAACUCAAGGCGAGAGGGUAAGAUGCCCAGCAAAGCUACAGAGGGUUUGCCAGAUGAUAAUGAAGGCUAUGGGACGAGGAAAUACUGGGAACAUCGUUACACUUCAGAAAAACAAGGGACAACUUUCGAUUGGUUCUUGACACCAGAAUACUUACUACCUUUCGUAUCUGAUCUUUAUCCAAGUAAAGAAAGUAGAGUUUUGAUGCUAGGUUGUGGAAAUUCCAGGUUGAGUGAAGUAAUGUACGAUGCAGGUUAUCAGAAUAUCGUCAAUGUAGAUUAUUCCAGUACGGUGAUACAAGAUAUGUCUGCUCGACAUAUUUCACGUCCUCAAAUGACUUGGUACGAAAUGGACGUUUUGAAUCUUCAGCUUGAAGAUGGAUCGUUCGACUUGGUGAUCGACAAAGGUACUAUGGACGCUAUGUUGACUUCGAAAGGUGAUCCAUGGAAUCCACCUCAAAAGGAUGUCGACGCAUGUACUAAAGAAGUCGACGAAGCACUUCGUGUAUUGAAGCAUUCCCCUGGGUCAAAAUUCCUCUAUUUCACAUUUGGUCAACCACAUUUUCGUAAACGAUAUAUGAUCAAUAGACCGGAUUGGACUUUCACGUAUCGCGAAAUUGGUCCACCAGAAGGGUUAGCGUAUUUCCUGUAUGUACUAGAAUAUGCAAGUUCAUGAUG